GUACACAACAGAGUACGAUGAACACUGAGGUUGGCUGGCAGACGACAUAAAUACAUUAGGGAAUUCAUAAAGAGUGAAAUCUGCUGCGUGGUGAUGGCAUCCAGAUAUGAGCUCUCUGAGAGUCAAAGUGUCAUUCCAGUGCUGAUGGGCAGAGACAGGAACAUGACCCUUGUACUGGACACUUCUGAGGCCAUGGCUACUGUUCUGGGAACCGUGAAGAACCUGAUCAUUCAGACUCUUCUCAGUAAAGCUUCACUCAGGAACUCCCUCUUUAACAUCAUCACCUUUUCAUAUAAGGUGAUGCCGUGGUCUGAUCACAUGAUCCCUUGUGCCCCAGAUACGGUGUACGAGGCACUAGGCUGGAUCCACACUCUGAGGACGAGUCCUGGAAAUGAUCUCCUCACAGCACUAACCACGGCAUUCUCUGAUCCAGGCUGUCAGUCUGUCCACCUUGUGACCAACAGUCUUCCGGACAACGCAGAGAAAUGUCUGAAUGCGCUGUCUGCCUUUCAGACACGCCCUGUUCAUACAUUUUACAUAUCUGAAAGAGAGGCUUUAGACAGUGACACUUCAGACUUCUUGAAGUGCUUCACCGCAGCCACUAGAGGGAGCUGUUACAGGCUGUCUCUAAAUUUAGAUGGCACAUCUGAGAAGGUAACUCUGUUGCACUCAACAGAUACACUCAGCCAGAUUAAAGAUCCAUCAACCUCAGAGGACGGACAGCGUCAGGCAAUGUGUUUCAACCUCACACAUGCAAUCCAUCUUUCACCAUAUUGGUGCUGUACCAGAAAUCCCUUUACUGGAACACCAUGUGUUGCAGCUAGAGUGAUGAGAGGUGCUGAGUUCUUUCCAGGCUGUCGUGUGUUAGCCAGGAGGGAGGCUGACGGACUCUACUACAUGGGGACAAUUGGAAACCAGCAACAGGACAGGGGAGGAAUGUUUCUGGUGGCGUUUGAUAAACCUGGGACCCAAGGCACACACAUGGCGUGGACCCAGUUGACAUGCCAGCCUGACAUGGUAAACAUUUCUCUGGCACAUGGGCAUGCUAUAGCACCAGGGGAUACCGUGCUGGCACCGUUGGAGCUACAGAUGGGAAGCUACGCGCCAGGCAGGAUCCUUUCAGGCACAGAAAUACGAGACCCACUUAAGGGUGGAGAGGGGGACGGGCUGCUUGUUCUCUUUUGGAAUGGAAUUAGAAUGCACAUUCCGAACAACCUGGCUGUAUGGAUACCAGCCUCACAUCAUGAGAGAAUCAUCAUGGACCUCCAGUUCGGUGUCCUCAGACCAUGUUGGCUAAGCCACACCCACUGCAGCCGCAUCGACUGGACUCCACCCUGUUGUGUACAUCCACGCCUCUCAGCAACGUAUUCCUCGUGUGGUUGUCCAAUCAGAAGCUGCCCUGCCUUAGCCCCAUGUUUAUUCCCGAGCAGGACAGAGGCGUUGGAGAGAAAAGGCGACCAACUGAAGGAGCUGCAAAGCUCCCAAGAGACAAAGACCCCUUUAUGUUUGCCAUCAUCCUCAGACUCUAGUGAUGACGAGGACGAGGCCCGGAAGGCUACUGAAAAGUUCCAUCCAUCGGGGUCAGAGCUGGUGAGCCGCUCGGUAAACACGGACAUCUCGUGCCUGAAACAGCCCCACACUGAGCCCCAGAGCAGGCCUGCCUGGAGGUACUGGAGAAGAGACGCCCCAGAGCCACACCACAGUCAGCCAGGGGGGCCAGUCAAAACAUCGCCAAACGUAAACAACACUUGGCCUGGAAAAAUCAGUCAUCUGGGGUAUUCCUCAUCCAAAUCAACCCCCACCAAUCACAGCUCAUUAUUUAAACUGGUGCCAGACUCAGUGAAAGCAGUUAAAGCAGGGAUAUUUGGUUGUCCUGAACCAAUGCCUCAUUCUGAGGCAGUAUCUCCACUGGCUUUGGCGCUGAAAGAAAUCUCAGCUAAACCAACGUUAUAAUCAAAAAGCAAGCC